CAAUGUCCGACUCCCGACUUCCGCAGGUCAGAUAUAUGUACACAUCAAAUGUAUAAGAGUCUAUAAAGAAUCCCAAUCUUGCUCACUUACCUGUGAUCGAGGACUCCUCCUAUAUCAGUCACACGCAUGAGAUUCGCAAUCCCAACCGUCCGCCAUGGCAUCGACAACUUCAACCAAAGAAUAUGUACUGCCCAAGCUGCCUGCGUCCAUGUCGGAUGCAACGGUCGACGUGUCCAUCAUCGACACCACGUCCAAUAUCAUCUGUCCAUCAGCGGCGUUCAUGGAACCCAUUGACUUCGGACUGGAGACCAUGGUCGUUCCAGCCUUCUCCUUCAUGGUCCGCAACACAAAGUCCCAUCGCGCCGUGCUGUUUGACCUCGGCGUGCGGAAGGACUGGCAGAACCUCCCAGCACCCAUGCUCGCCCGUCUCAAGAACUUUGGCUUCGUCAUAGAGACAGAGAAGGGUGUCCGUGAUAUCCUGGAGGAGCACGGACAGGACACAAGUGCCACUGAGGCUAUCAUUUGGAGCCACGGCCACUUUGACCACACUGGCGAUCCAUCCACAUUUGAAGGCAGAACCGAGUUGGUCAUUGGGCCUGGCUCCAAAGCUGGCUUCACGCCCGGCUACCCGACGGACGACAAGAGCGGCGUGCUGGAAUCGGAUUUUGCCGGUCGUAACGUGCGCGAGAUCACGUCGGACGAAUUCGAUCUAACCAUUGGCCGGAUGCCGGCCAUGGACUACUUUGGAGACCAGAGUUUCUACCUCCUUGACGUACCUGGCCAUUGCCAGGGUCACAUGUGUGCGCUGGCGCGCGUGACGAGCCAGCCCGACUCCUUCAUCCUGCUGGGCGCCGACUGCGUUCACCACAUGGGCCAGUUGCGUCCGAACAAGUGGACGCCCCUUGAGGACGAUAUAUCCCCAAAUCCUUUGCAGGACAGUGGGAUGUGUCCGGCUGAUGCUGUGAAUGCUCUCUGUCGCGAAAAGGACCGCGGCUCGCCCUUCUUCGAGCCAACGUCCAAGGGAGCGCACGCCGACGCCGCCAUUGCCAAGGAGACCAUUGACAAGGUACAAGAGCUUGACGCGCUCGACAACGUCUGGCUUGCUGUAGCACAUGACCCGGCAAUCCUGGAGGUAGCCGACUUGUACCCUCAAAAAGCGAACGAUUUCAUGCACAAGGGAUGGAAGCAAAGGACACGGUGGUCUUUCUUGAAAGACCUUGUGCCAGGGAUAGAAGCUGUUCGAGGACAGAACUUGCACAAGGUAUAGGGGCCCUCUGCUUGGGGACGCAAUGAAUCUGGUUAUCAUAAAGGUGUUAUGCAAGAUUGCAAGAGCUGGCUUCAUAUUCAACAACGCUUGACACUGCUCCACGACCCUCACCAGCCUCACCACACAUACAACUGGCCAGUGGCACCCGACUUUUACUGGAACCUACGUCCAAAGUGGCGUGCGCCUGCAUAGUAAAUCCCUGCCAAGAUAUUACACGAGGGCCGGGUGAGGCUUUUG